GUAAGUGCCUACUAGCUUAAUCCACAUAAGCAUACAACAUUGAACGUUGAACGUUAAACGUUGAAGUUGCCAGCGCCCAUCUUAUAUCACUGACCAGUAGAUAAACUUGGAAGCAUACACAUAACCAUACCAUAAUGGACGAUGCAAUCAAUGAACCAAUACAACUAUCGUUUCCCUUACCACGUUCGUUGGAUACAAGGAUAUAUCUCCGUUUGACCAUCAAACAAAAGGUCAUCAUGUUGUUCCUUACCACAGUAGCUGCAGAAGAAGACAACAACGCUGUUCCCAUGGGAUCUUUCGUCUAUGCCUUGCCUGACAAAUACAAUCCCAGCCAGCCAUUAUCUACCACAAUAUAUUCAGUGGAGGCUACGCUGGAGUUCACUACACGCUUAGCUAAAAUCCUGGCUAAAAAGACUCAGAUGCCUAUCUAUGUAGGCAACUCCAUUAGUUUUGCUAAUACGGGCCUUGGUGGGACGGUGGAGGAAGAGAUGGAGGCAUUCAAGAAGGUCGUCGAAGUCACCCUUGCCAAGCUUCAAGGGGUUAUCAAGCCACCCGACUCCUUAUCCAAUGGAACGAGCAGCUCGUGAAGAAGAUGAAGACUAGUCCGACGAACACACUAUCAACUCACACGUAGUGAUAAAAUUUCAGGGUUGCUGGAAUUAUCAACGUGGCAUUAACUCCCAUCCAUGAGAUGAGAUGCGCGUUUCCUUCGUGCGUAACAGCAUCGGACACACAGGUGUGGGAUAUCACAAAGUUACACUACCUGAGAGCAUCAACGAGACCAUAAUGAAAGCACUCAUCCAGUAACUUCCCAUCUAAUUUUAGAAUAUAUUUCUCGGCUCCGUACACAGCAGACGUACAUGUAGCCCUUGGUCCAAUUGGCUCUUUCCUUCAGAGUCUCUGGCGUGUCUAGAUAGGUAUCAUGUAUAUAACUUACAUGUAUACCGUCAUUCCUCGGCCUCUUCAGUCUCUAUAAGACUUGCUACCUACAUAUUUCUCGUUUAUUAACAGGGUGUUGAGUAUAUCACCCGUGUGGUAUCUUAGGAGUCGUGUUUCCACCACCCCCCCUCAGUCGCUCGAGCUUAAGCUUUUCGACGAAUGAGAAACGAAUCGUAAACCUCAUCCAACCAUCACAUUUUAGUUACUCUAACUAGGCUGGUACCUAAGAAGCGGCUAUACCUACCAUCUUUGGCGUCGCCAUAAGUUCUCAAGCUUAGGAACACUACAUAGGUAUAGAAUAGUACUCAAUUUGACAAAUAACGCCUCCGAGAGUUUAUACAAGCCCUAACACUCCUACUUAAGAAUAAUGACCGAUC